CUCUCCAAAUCUAUAUAUACUUCCCCUUCCCUGCCUAUACAGCAGUUUCCUAUGAUGUCGCUCUCCAGGAUUUCGUCUCGCUCCCCGAGAAUCGUAUUGGCUCAGUGCCGGAACUCCUUCGUGAUCUCUACCAGCCGACACCGCCCGCUUCCAGUCCCAUCCAAUCAAUUUCACUCACUUGCUGAAUCUCGUUAUAAGGUGGUUGGUGGCCAGGUUUCGCUGUUCCAUCACUCAUUGCCGAAUGCAUCUGCAUUUCAACGGUUUGGAGGGAGUAGGGCCAGCCAUAGGGCAAGGCCGAGGAGUUCCGCGUCUAGGGCCUCCAAAUUUUGGGCAAAAAGGCCCCAUUUGAUCAUUUGGCCUAGGACUCCCAAAUACGUUGGGUCGGUCUUGGAAGGGAGUACAGUAGAAAACAGUGGUGCCACGGCAAAAGCAAGUGGAGAUGCUGAAGCUCUUGAGCAAAGAGAGGCGCCCAUUUCUAAAGAUUCGUUCAAGGAGUUGACCAUGGAGGAUCUCGUGAAACUUGUGACUCUAAAGGGGAAGCAUGAAGAGAUUGAAAAAAUACAAGACAAAGUUCUACGGACUUUUGCAGAUAUGGUGAAUGUCGCGGAAAGGGCAAGAGCAAGUGGAGAUGCUGAAGCUCUUGAGAAAAGAGAGACGCCCGUUUUUGAAGAUUCGUCGACGAAGAAGUUGGCCAUGGAGGAUCUGGUGAAACUUGUGACCGAGAAAGUAGAACUUCUGAAGGGGAAGCACGAAGAGAUUGAGAAAAUGCAAGGCACUUGUACAGCUAUGAUGAAACUUGUGACAAAGAGGGAAGAACUUCUAAAGGCGAAGCAGGAAAAGAUUGAAAAAACGCAAGACAAUGUUCUACACACCCUUGUGUAUCAGGUUAUUGCCACGUGGUUCGCAUUGCUCAUGUUGGUUAUUAUUGGGGCCAGGAUAUAGUGAGGCUACUGGAGAUUAAUUACCAUUUUCUCUGUGUCGUGUGAAGGCUAGACAGAAAGGUGAAAAUAUGUACCAUAUGUGAGUUGGCAUUUUUUGGAGAAGUUAUCUUUAUACGGUUUUUAUUUUAUUUUAUGGAGCUUAUAAAACUUGUUUU